AGUAAAAUAUUUUUCUCUUAUAUAUUGAUUACAACAACAAAAAUGUUGAUGAUAUUAAUUGCUACUAUUAUUGUGUUAGCAAUUGUACUAAAUUUUAUUAAUCGAUAUACAAAUCUAUUUGCUGAUGAUCGCUUAAAAUUUUGGAUCAAACAUAACAUAACGGGUCCCAAACCAAUAGCAUUUUAUGGCAAUCUAUUUCCAACAUUUUACCGACCAUUUAAUCAACUGUCCAUUGAAUGGUAUAAAAAAUAUGGCACUAUUUUCGGUAUAUAUCGUUUCUAUGGACCGGAGCUUGUGAUCAGCGAUCCGAUACAUAUACGUCAGGUAUUGGUUACCGAGUCGACGGACGUACGCUUCAAACCGAACCGUUUGGACGACCGAAAUGCCGAAAAUGUUUACAAUAUAAAUCCGCGUCGGGACGAGUGGCACGAAAUGCGCCGAUCGUUGACACCAAUGUUUACUACCAGACAAUUGAAACGGUGGACAACAUCGGCAUUGAAGCCGUGUGUCGACCGAUUCAGCCGACAUUUAACUGAUAAGUCCUUAUAUAACGGUAACAAAAUAGCACUGAGUGAUUGUGUCAAAGAUCUUAUACUAGACAUCAUAUUGGUUGCCGUAUUCGGUGUCGACGAUACCGAUAUGGCUGUCGAUGGCCACCGAAGAGCCGAAAUUGUCCGACAUAUCAAUUGUCUGACACACAUGUCGUGGCUGAUGUUUGUGGUUAGCAAUGCUCUGCCGCCACCGAUAGUCAAUUUGUGGACACGACUAACAAAAUGGUUGGGCGUCCAAAACGAGCCGCACGACGAAGUGUUUGCCGCUUUUAUACGAAAUAUUAUCAAAAAACGAAGGAACAGGAUCUCUAAUGCCAACACUGCCAAUGCUUCUCCAGCCAACAGAUCCGACCGUUUUAUUGAUAUACUGAUUGAAUUCAGUGCACAGAGUGAACAACACGACAAAUCUAGCGGAACAUAUAGAGCUAAUCUUAAGCAAAACACAGAUACCAUUGAUGACCAAAUAGUUGACUUAUGUCUAGUAUUACUGUUUGCCGGCUAUCAUACAGUGUCUACAAAGUUGACACUAAUUAUCUACGAGUUGGCACUGAAUCCUCAAAUACAGGACAAUCUCAGAGAUGAGAUUAACGAACACUUUGUCAAUACUAACGGUACGGACGAAGUGGAGAAUAUCAACUAUGAGACCGUUAAAAAGCUACCGUUUCUCGAUGCGUGUGUUUGCGAAGGUUUACGUAAAUAUCCGGCAUUUUUGUUGCAACGGGAGGUAAUGGACGACAUUGUACUGGAAGGUACCGAUACACUAGUUCCUAGAGGAACGGUAGUCAAUGUGCCGACCUAUGCUCUGCAUUACGAUAGUAAAUAUUUUGACGAUCCUGAAGUCUAUAGGCCCGACCGGUUUAUCGGUACUAACCGAGACACUAUCCAACCGUAUACUUACCUGCCCUUUGGCGACGGUCCGCGCAAUUGUAUUGGCAAACGUUUGGCAUUAUUGGAGCUAAAAGUGAUUUUAGCCGAAACUAUUCGUCGAUUUCGAUUCUAUAGAUUACCCGAAACACCAGUUCCCGUCAAAUUUAAGCCACAUUUUGAACACUAUGUCUACGAUGACAUUCCUAUUGUGUUUAAAUCAAAACAACAUUUUGAAUAUGUAAUCAAUGAGUUGUCCCAGAAGUAUGGCCCCGUAUUUACCGUAUUUUUUGGUCACAAACCGCAUAUUUUUGUUACCGAUUUGGAUGUCGCGCGCAAAACGCUUAAGAAAGUCGAGUUUUCCGGUCGACCCAAAUCAUACAUAGGAAACCAUCUCUCAAACGAUAGCUAUACAGACAUAACAUUUGGCAAUUAUAGUCCAACACUUGAAACGCUAAGACAGUUAGCGCACACAACAUUGCAGUAA